CAAUGGCGAUCAUGAAUGUUGACACUUUUUGCCGUCAAUGGCGUACAAUAGACGCACCUGUGUCGAUGUGUCAGAGAAAUUUUGUACUAUAUUGGAUUUUAUAUGACGUUACUAUCAAGCAGUGAAAUGUAAUUAUAGGAGUGGCAUUUACGAAUUAAUUGUAAUAGAUAGUAGUGGCGUAGAGAUCGUGAACAUUCUAAUUACGGAUGUUUAAAAUUAGAAUAUUCAAUGGCUGUGAAUAUGGAAGUAGAAAAGAACACCUCCAAAGUGGUUGACACUCAACUUUUGCCGAGCAAUUCAAUGGAAUUUAACGAUGCUAUUCAAAAAGACAACGAAAACGCUCGAGAUCUCGGGGAUUCGUUUACGUCCCUUGAAGAUAAAACGUUCGAUAGCGAGGAGUGCGAUCGUACUAUUAUAUACGCACAGCUCGAGGAUCCCGAGAUUUACGCGAAAGAUUUAGACGAUAAUCGGAUAACGAAAGAAGAAAAGCAGGAAGGAAGUAUCGAGAAUAAAGGGAAAGAAUUAUCGCAAAACAAGAAAACUUUAAAGAAUGAUAAUAAGAGCCAAAGAUCAGAAGUAACAUCAGAGAACCCCACUGAUAGAUGUGUAUCACAAGCUCCAUUAGCUUUUACAAUUGAUUUCGGGAAAAAGGAAAUUGACGCGAAUAAAUAUCAGAAUUUAUUUGAAAGGUACAAUGCAAGGCAUAAACGAAAUCUUUCCACAUCUAAGGUAGAAAUAAAUAUGAAAAAAACUGGCACCUUAUGUUCUUCAAAUUUAAUGCAAAAACAAAAAGUUUCUAGUACACAUUCUGAAGGUUACUUUAGCAGUGAAGAUGAUACAAAAAGAAAGACAGAUCAAUUAUCAGAGAAACUGAAACAGCUAGGAUCAAAAACAUUCUUGAAGCCUUCUCACACAGCAGUAGAAACAGAGUCCCCCACAAAAGUGACAAAUUUUCAAAAUAAACAAGACUUGAUGACUAGAUCUUUUGAACAGUCAAAGCAAAGUAAACUCCCUCAAAAAAAUCUUUCCUUGGAACUUGGUUAUUCAGGGAAAGUGAAUACAACAUCGUAUUGGGUACCUCAGAAAUCUGCUACCAUAAAUGAUCUAAGUCGAAUUCAAACAAACAAUUAUGACGACGAUGCGGAAAAAUUAUAUACAAAAAAUAUAGAUCAAGAAGACGAUUAUGAUCAUUCGUCUGAUAAUAUCUCUGAAAAAGUCUCAAACAUCAAUUAUGCUAGGAAUAGAAGUAUCAAUGCAAAAGGACACAAUUUAUCUAGCGUUAGUUAUACAGUGGAUGUGGAUCCAGAUGAACAGGCUGAAACAAAUAUAGAUAUUUUUAAUGUCAGUAAUGUUGAUGGUGGAUCGGAUGGUGCAGUCAGUGAAGCAGGAACAUACACGAUAUACAAAGAUUACACAGACGAAGAGAAAGCAAGAAUGGAUAUUGACAAAGUAUUUAGCGUUGGUAUCUUAACUGAGAAUGAAAGCAAGGAUGCAUGUAUUCAUAGCUUUAAGAUGAGUGUUUCAAGAGACAACAAUACAUGGAUAUCAGAAUGGGCUACUCAAGUAGCAGAACACAAUUCUCUUCCACCAGCAAUUGGCGGGCCAACUGGUCGUACUCCUCCGUUAAGUCCUUCCAAAAUACCGUCUCCUAUUCAUACUAGAUCUCAAAGACUGGCUCGUAGUCGUAAUGAACAAAGCGACAGUAGCUUAGAUGCGGAAUCGUACUUGCGAAUAAAAGAAAGAAUAGGCUUAAUUUCAAACCAACAAAUACUGAUCGAUUCGGGUGGAGAAUCGGACGAUGAUACCAGUAAUAGUUAUAACACGCCUCCGCACAGUUCCCAACGGACACCCGUGCACGGAACUUUGACGAGGCGGGGAAGUCUAUCCGAAUCUCUUUUUAGAAGAAUUAACACCAGUGAAAAUAGGAGAAGUAUUCGCAAGUAUUUGAGUUCAAACAAAUCUAAGACUGAAGAUGCAAGUGCAGAAUUAAGUAGUCCGUCCAAAGAUUUUGCUUCCCUUCAUUUAGGAAGGCGAAGUAGUUCCUUGGACAGGCGAGAAUGUACAUCUGAUACAACUGAAUCUAAUACGUCCAGGAGAAGUAGUACCAAGUAUUAUCGAGACGACGAAACUACGUAUACAAAUAGCCCCGUUUUGAGCCGCUUAAGACCUUCUACUCCAAAAUUAACUAACAGUCCGAUCGUAACCCGUAAGACGGUUACAAAAAUUGUUAAUUCGCUAGUGUUAGAAAAAACCAAGCAUUUGGCGAAAUCAUCUACAGAAGCUAAAAACAUUGGAUACUUCACUUGCGUCGAAAACAGCCCAUACAUGUUAAGAAAAUCUAACAGUACCGCAAGUUACCACGAAGGAAGUGUCGGCUUUAGCAAUCAGGAAACAGCGACAAAAACGAACAGUGUACUGCAAAAUAGUCCAAAUCUUCAACGUAAUCUAAAUAUCCAAAGAUCGUGCAGCAAUGCGAAUAUCAGAAAUAUAAAGUCGCAAAGCCAUUUAUCUCGUCGCAGUAGCUUUAAUAGUAGUGACAUCGACAGAACGUCUUCAGGAGGAAGGUGUGUCGCUGCUUCUGACAGCAGCAGUGAAACUGGUGAACAACAAGUAAAACCUUCAUUAGCUUCAAUAUCGUCUGGAAUUAAAUUAAAUCGAGCUUUUAGCAUAAGAAGAGCUAGAUUAAAUUGUGAAUCUGACACAACUCCAAAUACAACACCCGAAGAGAAACGCAAACGAGCACAAAGCGAAGUAAAGUCAGCAACACCCGCGAACAAGCAACAGAAUUAUCAUCGAAGUCGUGCAAGCAAUGUGAGUGCACAUUUCAAAGAACCUUUAAAAAAAUCAGAACCUAUAAAACCUAGAGCAGUAUCUAUAUCAAGAACCGAUAGUACCAGACUUAGUAUAAGAGUACCAAAAUCAUCUCAUAAUAUUUCUAAUAUACAGCGACCUAAUCAGAAAGUGAAUAAAGAUCAGAAGUCUGGUAGAAGUAAUUCAACAUUAACGUCAAAGGAGGUGGAAUUUCAAAAUUGGAAAAGGAGGAAAAGUUACGAUCCGAUGAAAGCAGCCGCUGAAGGGAGAAAAAAAUUAAUAGAUAAUUCGAAAAAACAUCACAGCACAGAAGAUAGUACAGGAAAUCACGAUAAUUCUGUAUUACGAUCGGCAAGUUUCCAUGGAACUGGAGGGGCUCUUUCAUUGGCUAAUGAAUGGUCGGACAACGAAUUAAAUUUUACUCGGAAUGACAAUCAAGUACCUCCACCGUGUAGUCCACAAUUGGAAAGCGAUAGCGAUCUGGAAACAUCGUAUUACUUACAAACAACAAAAAAUGUUGUAUCAGCUAUGUCAGCUCGUAUUACAGUUUGUCGUUCACCUUUGGUGGAUUCAGACAACGAAAGCGAUGAGGAUACUAGUCAUAGUCUACAUAAGAAUACAUCAAAAACAUUACAUCAGCCUAGUGAUACAGAGAGCAGCGACGAUCGCCACCAUACCACACAGAAGACAAUUUCAAAUACAAAAUAUAAUAGAGCAUUUAGUUUACGCAGAGCAAGGUUAGAUUCACAGCCAACAAAACUUCCAACAAACAUAAAUAAAAAUAAAUCAGUCACGCACGAUACUCGUGGAAAAUCUGAAUCUAUUACAAGUAUUAGUAGAACUGAUUCUGGACGCUUUAGUAUGCGAUUAAAUAAAACUUCGAAUAUUGGCUCUAAAUUGAAACCAAAAGAAGCAAAGAAAUCCGCAACCCCCAAUGCGAGAGAAGUAGAAAUGCAAAAUUGGAAACGUCGUAAAAGUUAUGAUCCUAUGAAAGCAGCAAUGGAAGGUAAAAGAAAAGCAGAUUUAGCCAAAAAAACUACGAAUGCAAAUCUUUCUCCAAGUCAUGUUGCAAGAUCGCGCAGUUUCCACGGCUCAUCUGGAUUUGGAGUUAGCGAUUGGAGCGACGAAGAAUUAGCUAUAUCCGCUGACGAAUCUGCUGUCUAUUAA